AUGGCGGCGGAGAACACUGUAACAUCAAACCCUAGCCACGGAGAACGACCAAAAGUGGUGGUUAUAACCGGCCCAACCGGUUCUGGAAAGUCUAAGCUAGCCGUUGAUUUGGCCUCCCACUUCCCCCUCGAAGUAAUCAACUCCGAUUCCAUGCAAGUCUAUACUGGCCUCGACAUUCUCACCAACAAGCUCCCCUUCUCCGAACAAAACGGAGUACCGCACCAUCUUUUGGGUACUGUUAACCCAAACACAGAAUUCACUGCCAAAGCUUUUCGGGAUUCUGCUAUUCCCAUCAUUGAUGCCAUAUUGUCUCGUAAUCACUUACCGGUUAUAGUUGGCGGUACUAAUUAUUAUAUACAGGCUCUUGUGAGUUUGUUUCUGUUAGAUGAUUCGACCCAUGAGUUGAAUGAAAGCUAUUUGGGUGACUCACCUGGUAUCACAGGGUGUGAUAAUGGUAUUGCUGCUGAAAACGACUGUUCUAGCAACAGUUAUGAUUUGCUUAAGGAUAUUGAUCCAGUUGCAGCAAAUAGAAUCCAUCCAAAUAACCAUAGAAAGAUAAACCAAUACAUUAGUUUGUACUCUCGUACUGGUGUUCUUCCCAGCAAAGUCUUUCAAGGACAGGCAGCAGAGAAGUGGGGUCAAGCUGAUAACUUAAGAUAUGAUUGUUGUUUUAUAAGUGUAGACGCAUCUCUCCCGGUAUUGGACAGAUAUGUGGAGCAGAGGGUAGAUCACAUGAUGGAUGUAGGAUUACUCAAUGAAGUCUAUGACAUUUACUCUAUGAAUGCAGAUUAUACCAGAGGUUUGCGACAAGCCAUUGGUGUCCGUGAAUUUGAGCAUCUUCUUCAAACCUGUGCUUUCAAAAACAUAAAUCAGAAAGAGAAGGAGUUAACAGAUGGAGUGAGCUUAGAAAAUGGCGAGCCAGUGCUUGGUGGAAAUUUAAUGGAGUGGUUUAGAACUUCCUCUGAUACUAAAUCCAUAAAACUUUUAGAAGAAGCAAUUGAGAAAGUAAAGGUUAAUACCAGGAGACUUGUUCGCCGUCAGAAGAGGAUGCUCAGUCGACUUCAAACAUUGUUUGGUUGGGACAUACACUAUGUUGAUUCCACGGAAUCAAUAUCUAGUAAGCUGUCUUAA